GCCUCCAUUUUCCAGAUCUUUCUCGAACCCGCGGCUCUACGGGCAGCCGUUGCCCGAGUGCUGACGGAAGCGGCCGAAACUGAGGCCGGGAGCAGCUUCGGGCCGGGAGGGAUGGCUCGCGCGCCUCCCCGGCUGCUGACUGCGCAGGCGCAGAUCACAGUAACUGCCGGUUAGAGGCCGCCGAGCCGCAGUGGGAGAGACCCAGGCGUCGGGACCCGGCAGAGGCUGCGGCGCGGCCGGACUCUCCCCGCUCCCCGGUUCCCCGACGCCCUGCCCUAGAUUUUUCUGCGUACCGACCUCGCGUCAUCCCUCCUUUGCUUCUCGUAGGAGUCGCAGUCCCAGCAGCAACAACUCGGAAGAGGACGCGGUCCCCACACCGGAGGCUUCAGCACCAGCACCCCGUUCAUCAGGCGGCGGGAUGUCUGUGGUUGGCAUCGACCUCGGCUUUCUCAACUGCUACAUCGCGGUAGCAAGGAGUGGCGGCAUCGAGACCAUCGCCAAUGAGUACAGCGACAGAUGUACCCCGGCCUGUAUAUCUUUGGGAUCCAGAACUCGAGCCAUUGGAAAUGCAGCCAAGAGCCAGAUUGUCACAAAUGUAAGAAAUACAAUUCACGGAUUCAAAAAGCUUCAUGGACGAUCAUUUGAUGAUCCCAUUGUGCAAACUGAAAGGAUCAGGCUUCCUUAUGAACUGCAGAAGAUGCCUAAUGGAAGUGCAGGAGUUAAGGUGCGGUACCUAGAAGAAGAGAGACCUUUUGCAAUUGAGCAAGUAACCGGGAUGCUGUUGGCCAAGCUUAAAGAGACUUCAGAAAAUGCUUUGAAGAAACCAGUAGCUGACUGUGUGAUUUCAAUUCCUAGCUUUUUCACUGAUGCUGAGAGAAGAUCUGUGAUGGCCGCAGCCCAGGUUGCAGGCUUAAAUUGUUUAAGGCUGAUGAAUGAAACUACUGCAGUUGCACUAGCAUAUGGAAUUUAUAAACAAGAUCUUCCACCCUUAGAUGAGAAACCAAGAAAUGUAGUAUUUAUUGAUAUGGGACACUCUGCCUACCAGGUCUCAGUUUGUGCUUUUAACAAAGGAAAACUUAAGGUCUUGGCUACUACCUUUGAUCCAUAUUUGGGUGGCAGGAACUUCGAUGAGGCUUUAGUAGACUACUUCUGUGAUGAGUUCAGGACCAAAUAUAAGAUAAACGUGAAAGAAAACUCUCGGGCCUUGUUACGCUUAUAUCAGGAAUGUGAAAAAUUAAAGAAGCUAAUGAGUGCAAAUGCAUCAGAUCUUCCAUUGAACAUCGAGUGUUUCAUGAGUGACCUUGAUGUUUCUAGUAAAAUGAACAGGGCUCAAUUUGAACAAUUAUGUGCUUCCCUCUUGGCCAGAGUUGAACCACCUUUAAAAGCAGUAAUGGAGGAAGCUAACUUACAACGUGAAGAUAUAAGUAGUAUAGAAAUUGUAGGAGGAGCUACACGAAUUCCUGCAUUAAAGGAACAAAUCAGUAAAUUCUUUCUUAAAGACAUAAGUACCACAUUAAAUGCUGAUGAAGCUGUUGCAAGAGGAUGUGCCUUACAGUGUGCGAUUCUUUCACCAGCAUUUAAAGUGCGUGAAUUUUCCAUAACAGACCUUAUUCCUUAUUCAAUCACAUUAAAGUGGAAGACCUCUUUUGAAGAUGGAACUGGGGAAUGUGAAGUAUUCUGUAAGAACCAUCCUGCCCCAUUCUCAAAAGUCAUUACUUUCCACAAGAAGGAGCCAUUUGAACUAGAAGCAUUUUAUACUAAUCCACAUGAAGUGCCUUAUCCUGAUCCAAGAAUUGGGAGCUUCACUAUUCAGAAUGUUUUUCCACAGUCUGAUGGUGAUAAUUCCAAAGUGAAGGUAAAAGUUCGCGUUAAUAUCCAUGGGAUCUUCAGUGUGGCUAGUGCAUCAGUAAUUGAAAAGCAGAACUUGGAAGGGGAUCACAGUGAUGCUCCUAUGGAGACAGAAACUUCAUUUAAGAAUGAAUGCAAAGAUGAUGUGGAUAAAAUGCAGGUUGACCAAGAAGAAGGGGGUCAUCCAAAAUGUCAUGCUGAACACACCCCAGAAGAAGAAAUUGAUCAUACAGGCGCCAAAGCAAAGUCAGCUUCCUCAGACAAACAAGAGAGAUUAAACCAGACCAUUAAAAAAGGAAAAGUCAAGAGUAUUGAUCUACCUAUCCAGAGUAGCCUUUGUAGACAACUGGGCCAAGAUCUUCUCAAUAGCUAUAUUGAAAAUGAGGGGAAGAUGAUAAUGCAGGAUAAGUUAGAGAAAGAAAGAAAUGACGCUAAGAACGCUGUUGAAGAACAUGUAUAUGAGCUUAGAGACAAGCUGGGCGCCAUCUAUGAAAAAUUUAUCACUCCAGAAGACCUGAAUAAAUUGUCUGCGAUAUUGGAAGACACAGAAAAUUGGCUUUAUGAAGAAGGAGAGGACCAACCUAAACAAGUUUAUGUGGAUAAGUUACAAGAACUAAAGAAAUAUGGCCAGCCUAUUCAAAUGAGGUACAUGGAACAUGAAGAGAGACCAAAAGCUUUGAAUGACUUGGGAAAAAAGAUCCAGCUUGUCAUGAAAGUGAUAGAAGCAUACAGAAACAAGGAUGAAAGAUAUGAUCAUUUAGAUCCUGCUGAAAUGGAAAAGGUUGAAAAAUAUAUCAGUGAAGCCAUGAAUUGGCUGAACAAUAAGAUGAAUGCACAGAACAAACUAAGUCUCACUCAAGAUCCUGUCGUGAAAGUUUCAGAAAUAGUUGCAAAGUCAAAGGAACUGGAUAAUUUCUGUAACCCUAUCAUUUACAAGCCCAAACCAGAAGUAGAGGUUGCUGAAGACAAAGCAAAAGCUAAUAGUGAACACAAUGGACCAAUGGAUGGACAGAGUGGGACUGACACUAACCCGGACACGACAACAGACAGCUCCCAGCGUACUAAAUCUUCUGGGGAGAUGGAAGUGGACUAAGUCUUAAUUUUUCCUUUAUGUAAUUCAACCAGUGCAAGUAACCACAGGGUCCAUUCUUCUUUUACAUCUGGUACACACAACAGAUGUUCAGUUGUUCUUAACCACUUUUUGUCUUUUCUUUUUUUUUUUUGGAGUAGUUUUGAAAAGUGUUUUAUAUUGAAUGCACCUCUGUUCAUUUCCAUUGCUGCUUAUGUGAAACUUUAGCUGAAUAUAGAUUUACAGGUCAGUUUAAGCUUUCCUAAUAUAUUUUAUAUCAAACAUGCCAGAUUGAUAUGUAGUUGGCAACAGCCUACCUUAUUUAAAGCUUCUACUUGGGUAAAUCUCAGCUCCUUAUACAGGAAAGGAUACUGUAUUGCACUAUGGUUGCAGAAGCAUAGAUUUAAUUGCAUCAUUAUUUUGGGGGGAAAAAAUCGAUGUGGUUUAAAGCCACUGAGGCACUGACCUUUUUCUAGCUAUUGUUAUAAUUUAAAUAUUAAAACAAGUAAGAGGUUUGCUGACAAAUUAGUCCAUCUCAUUGAUGUAUCAUGAGAAGUCCAAAGUUUUGUUAUCACAGAAAUGAAUUAAAACACAGGUUGAAAGGGAAAACACAGUUUUAUGUUAAGGUGAUACCAGCAGUUUGCUUCUUUUAUUAGUAACAUAGUUUGAUAUUUUCUAGGUUAACUGAGUGUUUUUUUCACUUGAUACUUCUUUUCUGAUACACUUGUCCUGAAUACCAGCUGCUGCUAAAGUAAUGCCAGCCUAAAGAUACAGAAGCAUUUUUUGAUGAAAAUACCAUCAUGUAAAGGGGACAGUGCUGUUGACCUACUCAGAUACGUAUCUGUGAUGUUGAUAGCCUUGUUUUGGUUUUCACAGUUGUUUGGUUUUCUUAGUUGAUUUUGUUAAGAAUAACACAGGUUAGGGAGGAAAUGGCACAAUGUAUUACAUUAUGUACAUUUAUCACUGAUUUAUUGUUAAGAUAGAAACACUAUUAAAUAAGUGAUCAUACUUGAAAAAGAGCACUUAUACCAUAAAUCUUAGGAAAUAAUGCUUGUAAUAAACUUAACUGUGUUACAUAUCAACAGACAAAAUAUAGAAUGUUACAUAGUGUAAUAUGACAUGAUGUGAUUAAAUUAUAGUUCCUGCUGUUACAUUACCUAUUGAAAAACUUGGCUCCAGUUUUGGUGCUUUUUAUAUAAAUUAUAUGGGAAAAGGGACUGUAUAAUUAA